CUCUAGAUCUUCACUCUUUCUGCUUCUGCAUCGGAUUCGUCUUUGAUACUCGGUUCUGCGGUACAUGUUGGUCUCUCCCAAUCCUUCUACUUUGUUUUCUCCAGAACAGUCGUGCUCAACUACAGGAUGGUUCGUGAAGAGAAGGACUCAGCCGAUGAGGUAAACACCAAAACUCUAGCAGACAGCUACAACGGCGCAAAUAGCGACAAAACAAGCUCCACUAGCAGUGACCCAGGCGAGGUCAUAUAUACACCACCUGAGUCCGUCGCAAGCAUGUCGUCUACCAAAGAGGGCGAUAUGACUUCCAUCCCGCAGGCCGUCCAGGAAGCUGAUGCCGCCAAUAUCUCCAUCCGCGAGUACAUUUACUUCAUGCCGUACCCUCUCCCCAAAGGCACACCGAUCCCCUACACCGUCGGCCUCCCAGAUAAAAAUCCACUGAACCUUCCGCCCAAACCAUUCGAGCCAACAUCAACUCUCGUCCUCACAAGCCCAAAUCACACUUUCGUCGACAUCCGCUUCUUCAAACCGAUGCGUCCUGGCGAAGAAACCCUACUCCCGAACAGAGGUGAGAUAGAGCGUCUAGAAUGGUGUUUCGCCGGCCAGAGCGAGAGCCAUCCCAUUGUCCCGGGCGUCACACAUUCGACAUGGAUGCACUGGCUCGACAGCCGCCACCCUGUCGCUGCACCCAACAUGCCCGUCGACGAAGGCGAUAUGUACCCCAUCGACACAGACCUCACUCUCGAACACGGCCACGCGUUCCAACCCCUCAUGCACGCCGUUAAAACUCACGAGGAGAUGUGGCGCGACGUAUCCACGCUGUCUACGAAUAGCACUGGCAGCAAGAUAUGCGUUGUGUUACGGUGCCAUGCGGAUGCCGCGGGCGUUCGAGGUGUUAUUGUACGGGUUGGACAGUUUUGCCAGGGCAUCGUCAUGAAAGGGGAGCAGGUGACGGCUGAGCGGUGGGAAUUCGACUUCGAAGGUGAGGGGAAGGAGGAAACGGGGAACUGGAAGAGGAUCGGGAAGGUGGGAGAUUUGUUUUUGCCGUGCGCGGUGGCUUUUCGACCGGAGAUAUUGAAGCAGGGUGGGAGGGUUAAGUAUUGGGAUUUUGAGUGGGUGGUUGAGGAUGUGUGGGAGUGGAUGUAA